AGUGAGAUGGAGAGUUUACAGUACAAUAUGUUGACACUCUUCUUCAGCAUACCUCUUUUGGUCUCCUCUACAAAACCGGAAACGCAAUUAUUAAAGGGUAAAUUUACAGCACAACUAUCGUCUGCUCAUCCAACGCACCAGAUUGAGACUUUAAGGUGGGAAUUGAAGAGUUUCAAAAAUACAGUAAAAAACUCUAUGAAGGAGAUGGAGGAAAAGGUGUUAUCUUUACAGAAUGGAGGAAAGCUUUCAAGAAGUGCCGUAUAUACCAGGUGGGGAAAGAAAAGCUGUCCUCCUAAAGCCGAGCUGGUGUUUUCAGGUUAUGUUGGCGGGUCAUAUUACAGUGACGAAGGGGCGGCAGUAAAUCCCAUCUGUUUACCUAAGGACCCUGAGUGGGGACUGUACAACGACAGAGUGGAAAAUUGGGCGGCUUAUAUCUAUGGAGCUGAAUAUGAAACGGUGACUCUUCAUGAUAGUAGAGCAAAACUUCACAAUCACAAUGUCCCGUGCGCAGUGUGCCUUCUACGUGAUAAAUCAGUCGCAAGAGUUUUUCCAGCAAGAAAGUCGUGUUACAAAGGCUGGAGAUUAGAAUAUGAUGGUUACCUUAUGGCCGGAUACCAUAAACACAAAGCCGGUACGUUGUAUAAGUGUGUGGAUAAAGAUCCGGAUACUGCCCCCGGAUUUAAAUCUAGUACAAAUCAAGAUGGCUACCUUUUCUACGCAGUGGAAGCACGGUGUGGAUCCCUGAAUUGUCCUCCAUACACGGAAGGACGAGAACUGACUUGCUCAGUUUGUUCUACUCCAUAGAUAAAUGCAUGAAAGUUAGAUGUGAUAAAGACUUGUAUAUGAUA